GUACACUUGAUUAGUUAAGGAAGAGCUAUUUUGUAAAGGGAAACCAAGGUUGUUGGUGUACGCUGAGGGUCUUGGAGGCAGGCGGCAGGGUUGCAGGUUUCCGGGAGCAGAACCGCCGUGUCAUACCCCCCCCUGUCCUCUCGUAUCCCCCUUCCCUCCUCCCUGUAUUCCCCUGUGUGUGAGUGACCCCACAACCCCACCCGACCUAACCUGAUCACCCGUGUCGUGUCACCGCUCCGACUUGAAGCCGCCCUGUCACCCCAUGCUUGGGACAAAGCCAGCUCACUGCCAGCCCAAUGACUGCCUGGAUCAUCCUGCCGGUCAGCCUGUCUGUCUUCUCCAUCACAGGAAUAUGGAUAGUGUAUGCCAUGGCUGUAAUGAAUCACCAUGUUUGCCCUGUAGAGAACUGGUCCUACAAUGUAACGUGCACAGAGGAGCUGCUCCGACCAGGCUUUCCCAAGACCUGUUGCACCGUCCAGGACAUUCCCCUCAUCAGUAAAUGUGGUUCCUACCCCCCUGAAAGCUGCCUGUUUAGCCUCAUUGGCAAUGUUGGAGCCUUCAUGGUGGUGAUGGUGUGCCUUCUGCGCUACGCUCAGGUGAUAGAGCACAGCCACAGAUGUUGGAUCAACACCAGCGCUCUAGUGUCGGGCUGCACCAACGCAGUGGGUCUGGUCAUGGUGGGCAACUUCCAGGUUGACCACGCCAAAUCUCUUCACUAUGUGGGCGCCGGCGUGGCCUUUCCAGCGGGUCUGCUCUUUGUGUGCUUGCAGUGCGUGCUCACCUAUCGGGUGGCCGUCACCGCCCUUGACUACUGGAUGGCCCACUUCCGUGUAGCUCUGGCACUCGGAGCCAUGGUGUCCCUCGUACUCAGUAUCCUUUUCUGUUCCAGACCUCUUGGUGGUGCUGGAAUGGCCGUAUCAAGGACGCCCAGGCUUCCCUCUCCCCGGCCACUUCAUCCAGCUCUUCCGGGGGGAUCCCGAGGUGUUCCCAGGCUAGCCAAAAGACGUCGUCUCUCCAGCGUGUCCUGGGUUGUCCCCAGGAUCCCCUCCCGGUGGGACAUGCCCGGAACACCUCGGCGGUGCUCCCGGUGAGGGGCGGAAUCCAACCCUCACCAGAAACGAGUCCGACUUAGUGCCGGCAAUGAGGGGCAAACUCUCGUACAGGGACCGGAACAGCGCGUAUCAAUCAGGGGGUUCGGUACCCCCUGAUUGUUUGACGAAACAGACAUGCCACAAAAAGGUAAUGGCAGACAAAGGAGCAGAAAACAGGCAGUGGUGAAAACAAACUGCUUGAGUUUUGUUUUUAUGAACGGGAGAAGUCCAAAUCAUUUUGAUUGGUCGCCUAGCCCUUAUUGUGAAUGGACAGACAAGUGUUUACCUUUUGUGUGUAUGUGGUUUAUAUUCAUUUAAAUAUACGUAGGGGUCCAGGGCUAUGUAGCGUGGUGAAUUAUGUGGGGUUUUUGUUCAUGACUUGAAUGUGCUGAUGGCUACUGGGAAGAAGCUGUCCCUGAGUCCGUCCCACUCCACCGAUGACUGCGGUCCGCUUGUACGUUUGCCAGCAGGGAUAACUGAUAUGCAGAUCCCGGACAUCUACGUGUUUCUCACUCAAGACAUGAUUUACUGUAGCUCUCUGAGGUUUACUCUUCUUUUUGGAGCGGCAUAGAAAGCCAAGCUCCCUGCUCGUCAUUGCUCCUUAACGCCCUCCUCUCAGGUGGUAUCUUCUUUGUGCACGAGAGCUUCACGCUCCAGCACGCCGCAGCCAUCUGCGAGUGGGUCUUCACCGUGGACAUCCUGGUUUU